GUGGCAAAAUGGCUUAAGGACAACAAAGUGAAGGUAUUGGAGUGGCCAUCACAAAGCCCUGACCUCAAUCCUAUAGAACAUUUGUGGGCAGAACUCAAGAAGCGUGUGCGAGCAAGGAGGCCUACAAACCUGACUCAGUUACACCAGCUCUGUCAGUAGGAACGGGCCAGAAUUCACCAAACGUAUUGUGGGAAGCUUAUGGAAGGCUACCUGAAACGUUUGAACCAAGUUAAACAAUUUUAAAGGCAAUUCUACCAAAUACUAACUCGGUGUAUGUAAACUUCUGACCCACUGGGAAUGUAACGAAAGAAAUAAAAGCAGAAAUAAAUCAUUCUCUCUACUAUUAUUCUGACAUUUCACAUUUUUUAAAUAAAGUGGUGAUUCCAGCUGACCUAAAACAGGGAUUUUUUACCAGGGUUAAAUGUCAGGAAUUAUGAAAAACUGAGUUUAAAUGUGUUUGGCUAAGGUGUAUGUAAACUUCCGACUUCAACUGUAUGUCUGUGUUCCUCAAGAUAUAGUUGUUGUUGUAUCAAUGUGGACCAGUGUUUCUUGUCCAAGAAAGAACUCCAAGGUUAAAUUGAUAAUUCACACGAUUUACAAAAUAACACAUUAGUAUCCUUAUUCUGUAAGUAGUCCAUGGAGAGGUAUGACAGCAAUCCAUGAUUUGUUUUAUUUUCCCUAGUAUGGUUUUCAAAUGCUAACGUUUUAGCAUUUGUGGGGCAAAUCCCAUGCAAGUCAGCUUUUUUUUCAAAUUUGAAUUUUUUUCGCACAUAUCCAAAUCAUUACAAAAUAUCUCAAAUUGAUUGUGCUCAACAAUGUCACUAUAGAUGACUUGGACAUAAUGCGUUAAACAUGCUAAUAUAGGUACCAUGACUUGGCAUUUGUACCUUGUCCAUGAACUGCUCAUAUAAAGAAAUGUAUACCUGUACCUCACACAUAUUUAGAUACAAAUUGAGAAUCUUAAACUGUCACUUCUAUCUCAGUACUCUAUUACUAAAUCCAACACUACUAUGCACUCUGUUCAAAGGGAAAGGUAUCAUGUAUGUAUCUGUGUAUAGAACCAUCUAGAAUGCUUGUAAAAGCACAAAGCCUGUUUUAUCACGGCCAGUGCCAAUUAUGGUUUCCACCAUUUCAAAGUAGUCAACUGGGUUGGACUUCAGACAUAGGCAGCUGGUGGCUGCCUUAAUUGGGGAGGAAGUGCUCAUAUUAACGCCCUGAAACAUAGUGGUAUUGAACACAUGAUUUCCAUGUGUCAACUCACUCCAGCCAUUAUUAUGAGCCAUCCUCCCCUCACCAGCCUCCUGUUGGGUUAACAUUUUUAGAUAUUUAGCAGACCAUCUACAGGAGCAAUAAUGGUUUAGUUCCUUGCUCAGGGACAGAUUUUUCACCUAGUCAUCUAAGGGAGUCAAACUAACAACCUUUUUGGUUACUGGUCCAAUGCUCUUAACGUCUAGGCUACCUGCCGCUUACAGGAUGAAUCACAGCAUUCCUUCCAGGUCAGCAGGAGGGAUCAGCCAACGCAUUAUACCAGACAGAAGAGAAGGCAAAACACUCGGCUCCCUAAUUUCUUCUGAUCGGGCAGGGCCACUCUGGUCUACUUAUUUCCUCUUUGUGUCCCCUCCCUGCUCACCCCACUAAGUAGACCAGAACCAACUGUUCCCUCUCUUGCAUGAGCAUGCUAGAGGUUUUGGAGGAACCGUUAGCUCUCGCGUGAAAAGCAUGCUCACGUUAGAAAAGAAACGCCCACUUACAAAGACAGGAACCUUGACCAUUUCUUUCAAUGGUAAACGGCCUGAGUAACUUGUUUAUCCACCAUAUUUGAUUAUAUUUCUGAGCAAAUAUUCCAGCACUAUGCAUGAUCUAGGCCUUAUGCCUGUUUAAACUAUACACAAUCCAGCACAGUAGGUGGAAGUAUUCACCAAUAAGUUCAUAGAAGUAGAAUAUUGACUCCUUUAAAAUGGAGAUGGCCCUCAAUGGCACUGUCCAUAUUGUCACAGAAAGGACAAUGGAAAAUAUAGGGGGUGUGUCCUCUUGUCCAUCUCUAGGAUGACAUGACUUUUGAAAGGAGUAUUUAAUGCUUUUUUCCAGAUGUAAAGUAGAAGCAAAUAGGAGAGAACACAUUCAAAGGGAAGAAAGUUCCUUGUAAGAGAAUUUCAUACUAUCAGCAGAGAAUUCUAAAGAUGGGGAAUACACAGAGUGUCCUUGAGAAGAAAGGAUACACUAUCCUGAGGAAGGUAGAGAAUGGUGUCAUAGCUACUGACAAAGAUGGGGACCAGUUUGUCAUUAAAGAGAUCAAACUGAAUGAGCCCUCAGAUUUAAAGGCCAGUGCUGGAGGCAUUUUCUCUGAGGUUGAAACUCUCCUGCAGAUAAAUCACCCCCAUGUUUUAAGCCACAAGAACUCUUUCCAAGAUGAUACAAAUUACUAUGUAGUGACGGACCAUUGUGACGGCGGAAAUCUCGCACAGAAGAUCAAAGAGGGGAUCCCAUUUUCAGAAGAGCAGGCUAAACAAAUUCUGGACUGCUUUACUUCUCAGAUGAUGGACUGGUUUGUCAAAAUCUGCAUGGCUCUGAAGCAUGUCCAUGAACUGGGCCUUCUUCACAGAGACCUGAGACCACAGAAUAUAUUCCUCACAAAAUUUGGGACACUUUGUUUGGGAGAUUUCGGAAGAGUCAAUGAAAAUGCUUCUCAAUGUGGAUCUUCAGACAAUGGAAUGAUGGGUUAUUUAGGCCCAGAGAGUCUGACUGGUGGAAUUUAUGACACCAAAAGUGAUAUUUGGUCCUUGGGAUGUGUGCUGUAUGAGUUGUGUAUGCUUCAGAGUGCAUUCACUGCAGCAAGCACAAUCAAGCUCAUUCCCAAAAUACUGGGGGGUCCUUACCCAUCUCUCCCAGAGAGUUUCUCACCUGAGCUCCAUAAACUACUGUGUGACAUCUUCCAACGAGACCCGACCGGUAGACCUUCAGCUGGUGAAAUCCUGGCAGAACCCUUCAUUAUUAGUUUCCUCAUAAAAAAGAAUGAAAAAACUGGAGGAGCUCCAGACAAAUUUGAACAAUCUGAGAACGCUGGCAGACGGCUUGGAGAGUGUGCACCAGGGCACCACCAUAGGCAGUCUGACUGGAGGUGUUAUUGGGGCAGCUGGAGGAAUCACUUCCAUAGUAGGCCUCAUCCUGGCUCCCUUCACUCUUGGCGCCUCCCUGAUCGUCACAGGGGUGGGAAUUGGGGUGGCUGUCGCUGGUGGAGCCACAGCCGGAGUAUCCAACAUCACCAACAUGGUCAAUCAGUAUACCGACCGCAAAGCCAUCACGAACAUCAUCAAGGAGUUCCAGGAGAAGAUGAACUCUUUGGUGACAUCUCUACAAAACAUCGCUGAGGGUUUGGAGACUUGCAGGAUGAGUGGCUCCUUUACCACAGAAAGAGUCAGUUUAAAUGCAGAGAAGCUAGCAAGUGCUGGGGCGAGGGUUGGGAGGGGCCUAGGAAGCAUCCCGGAGCUUGUCCGAUUGGUCCAAGUGGCCUCCAUUGGCAAGGUGGCAGCCCAAACUGCAAGGGCUGUGCGUGUUGCAGAGAUGGCAACAGGAAUAUUCUCUGCUUUCUUUGUAGCAGUUGAUAUCUUCUUCAUCGCCAUGGACGCAAAAGAGAUCCACAACAUACGACAGGCGAAGGCUGAGAAACAGUCUAGUGAUAGCAGUAAGUUACACGUGAUGGACACAGACUACGACUAAGCUGAACCCUGAAUGUGAAGAACCAAAGGCUGAGGUCAAGUCAGAGACCAUGAAGUUCAUCCAGACGAUCAGACAUACAGCUGAUCAGCUACAGGAGAGCCUGGACGAACUGAGGGACGUCAUCUCAUUCAUUCCUAAGAGAGAGGACUGUCACUUAGACAAUUGAAACUAAACUCAGUUGUAGUGAUUGUAAAAGAUGCAGAAACAAGAAAUAGAGCAAAUUGAGUCAUUCAUUGAUACACAACUUCUCUGUAAAACACAGGUAUAGGCAGUGUGACUUUGACACCCUGAUAGGCCUUUAGGUUUUAAUCGUGAGCAAAAUCCCUUUUCUGUUCUUCAAUUUUUGCAAAAAUCAGCUAUGAUACGUAGGUUGUAGAAACAUAAGUAUAUAUCUCACAAAUCAGCUAUGAUAAGUAGGUUGUAGAGACAUAAUUAUACAGUAUAGCUCUGCUUUUGUCACGUCCUGACCAGUAAAGGGGUUAUUUGUUAUUGUAGUUUGGUCAGGACGUGGCAGGGUGUGUUUGUUUUAUGUGGUUCGGGCUAUGUAUUUAGGUAGAGGGGUGUUUGGUUUAUGUGUUCCGGGAUUUGUUAGUCUAUGUUCUAUGUUAGUGUAUUUCUAUGUUCUGUCUAGUCUAUUGUAUUUCUAUGUUUAGGUAAUUAUUUUG